AUAUUGACUUUACAGCAUCACUGUGAACGACGUCCUUUGAUGAACUAUUCAAUGCAUCCGAAACUGCUUGACGUGCACCCUUGACAACAUCAGAGACAGGUUCGUCAUCAUAUUUCUUAGCUUUUGUGACUUGCACAGUGGCAUCAGCUGCUGCUUUACGUUUCUUAGUCUUUUUAUUAUCAGAUUGUUUCAACCUUUUGGCGUAGAGUUGUUCCUUCAUGACUGUUUCUUCUUCACUGGAUGGAUUGAGUGUUAUGAGCUCAUCAAAGUUAUAUUCUUGGCCAGUUUCAGGACAACUUCCUACUUUCGAACCGUUGUUCAUUGAUUUGAGACCACUUUCUGAAGCAACGACUCCGGUUUUUGGUAUGUAUACAAACCUUUGCUUUCCAUUCAUCUCUUUCAUCGUUAUCGGACAGAUAAAAGGUGAGUUAUUUAACAUUGAUUCGUUAUCAACAUCGUCUUUGAAAGAAGGAUUGGCGGUUAAAUUGAGUUCUUUUAUAUCCUUAAGUGAUCUAAUAUGUCCACAAAUCUUCUGACCAUCGCCGUAAGUUGAUUUAUUAAGUAAGUAUUCUACGAUAGCCUCUUUAUUGUAUAAUUUACCGAGUUCACAAGAAACGAUUGGUUUUUUUAACAAUUUCUUUGAUAAUGCACAAUAAAACCAUGCAGCUAUACGUGAAAUAUCAUCACUCUUAACUUCUGGUUUCUUUUUAGUCUUUACUAGUUCAGAUCUAUAAACGAAUGAGCCACCGUCUGCACCCUAUAGAUUAUGUGAGUAAUAUACUAUAAACUAUUAUAAUAUAAAUACCAUUUUAUACUUAGAUCUUGAUCGCCACUUUGAAAGAUAACUUCCUUUACUUUGAUCAUCGAUGUCAACGGCUCACAGACCAACUUGGGAUCCAGCUGUUGGUAGAGCUGAUAGCAAAGCACAGUCGCAGCAAUACUCAGCUAGAGAUGCACCAUCUCAUAAUAAGCUUAAAUUCCGUAAACCAGGUCAAGGCGGUAACGCAGACCAGAAUAAACGUAGAGAUCUCCGUUUAGAACUGACUAAAGCGGAGGAAGAAGCAAACGAAAAGAAACGUAAAGCUGAAGGCAUUUCUUUAGAAGAGAUUGGUCAAACUGUAGACAACGGCGAUCAGAAGAAGGCGAAACUACUUGAGGACGUUGAUAAGGAUGAACAACCAGGCGAUUCUGUACCAUCAGCUGAAGUAGAAGCAACUAAUCAGCAGAGUCGCGACAAUGACGAGGAAGCUGAUGAUGAUGAAAGUGAUGAAGAUUCAGAAGAUGAUGAAGCUGAGUUGUUGCGGGAAUUAGAGAAAAUAAAACGUGAGAGGGCAGAAGAGAAAGCAAGAAAGGAUGAAGAAUCGAAUAACGCAAAAGCAGCGUCACGAGAAGAAGAAAUAGCUAGUGGUAACCCCCUUCUCAAUCUGCAGAAUGCACUAGGUGCAUCACCUUCUUCUUCGACCCAGGAAUCAGGUUUCGCUGUCAAACGUAGAUGGGAUGACGAUCUUAUCUUCAAAAACCAAGCAUUGAAUACAUCAGAAAAACCAAAGAAGGAAUUUGUCAACGAUUUAGUUAGAACGGACUUCCAUCGCAAAUUUAUGUACAGAUUUAUAAAGUAA